CGGAGCUAGCGAGGACAGCUGCUACCCGUUAUCUUAAACGGCGGCGGUAGAGAUUGUGCGAGCUGCGUGGUCGAGAGCACCGCUCGGUGUUGUCUCGCGCUCCCCCUAUCAGUGUCUUGCUCCAGCACAAAAAAGAAAAAGGGAAACAGCGAGACCUUUCUUGCGGGAGACAGUAUAGCUACUUGUCCGGAAUCACCGCGAGACAGUGCAGGGGAUCAGAAUGGAGGCAAAGAUAGCCAAGAUAAAAAACUACAGUGGUCUUUGCGUUGCGCCAUUUACGCCAUUCGACGGCAAAGGGAAUAUAAACAUCAAUCUCAUCGAUGAAUACGUGAGCCUCCUGCAGAAGCAAAGUGUAACUGGAGCAUUCGUUAACGGGUCUACCGGUGAAGGACUUUCCCUAACCGUUGCUGAAAGGAAGAAACUGGCCGAAAGAUGGGUUGAAGCCUCCAGAGGGAAAUUGGACCUGGUUAUCGUGCAUGUGACGGCAGCAUCCAUCGUGGACACGCAAGAGCUCGCAACACAUGCCGAAAGCCUCAACGUGGACGCUAUUUCCAUACUACCACCAUUCUACUUCCGAAGUCCGUCCAUAGACCAUCUGAUACGGUACGUCGAAGAAGUCUCUAAAGCCGCCCCAAGCACGCCGAUCAUCUACUACCAUAUUCCAGCAUUCACAUGCGUCAAUGUGCGGAUGACGGAAUUCCUGCCAGCGGCCAAGCGACGGGUGCCUGCCUUGUGUGGAGCUAAGUACUCAUGCGGCGAACUAAGCGAUUUGGCUGGGUUCUUGCGCGAAGAUAAGGCUGACAUCAAGAUAUUCUUCGGAUUCGAAGAGAUGCUGCUUGCCGCUCUAGCUUUGGGCGUGACGGCGGCCAUCGGAGGGACGUUCACUUACCAGGGACAUCUCGCAAAGAAAAUCAUCGAUUUGUACGAGAAGGGUGAUAUGCAUAACGCACGCCGUCACCAGGACAAGCUGAAGCAUGGUAUCGAUACCCUCUGCAAGUACGGUUUCUCAGUUGCUGCACUGAAAGCAGCCGCCAACAAGGUCAGCGGACUCAACUUCGGCGACACUCGGAUUCCCGUGUGCCCACUGCCUGACGACAAAGCGGAGAAGCUUGCUGAAGAGAUCCGAGCAUUGGAUAUACUCAUGUGAUCCUGCUGCUCCAGUGCGCACGGUCAGCUUUAACUAAAUGAAUGGCGCCUUUGGAGCGAAAGUUGAGAAUGAAACUAUUCAGACGCCACACAGACCUUCGGCUCAAA